AUGGAGUCAAGCGCAUCUGAAGAGGAUGACAAUUGUCUCUCCUGUAGAAUCUGCCGAUUCCAGGGAGGCCUUGAUCUUCCUACUCCUACCAUCGCCGACCUUGACGAUCUGCGCACUCAGUCACAUGCCUUCUCAAUCAGCAUCUUCAGACACUGGGUCCUCCUCAACAAGAUACUCAAGCGUUUUGAGGGUCAGAUCCAGAAGCGAUGGAUCAAGCGCAACAACGUCCAGAGACUCUCGGUUCUCCUCCAGGCCUGGCCACACAUGGCAGCUACUCAUCGUCCAGAGUUUGCAACUUUGCGUAAGAUUAGCGUGAAUAACAACAAGCGGCGCCCCAACCAAGCAAAGGAGAAGGAGGCAUAUCUUUGGCCAUACAUCAACCAGGAGGAUCUGGUCCAGUCGCACAAUCUCCUCAUCUUUCUCAAUUCUCGCGGACGUCACCUUCCUGACAAAUUUGUCUUCGGCGAUCAACACCAAGCAAGCGUCGGUAAGCCAUGCGGCACCGGCGAAGUCGACAAGUACAAGAUGUCACUCCAUGGACAGAAAUCGCCCAAGACUUAUGGUUCGCUAGUCCUUCGCGACACAGGAGACAGAGUCCAGCAAGAACUGAGGAUGGAGCCCGCCGCCGGUCUCCAAGUGCUUGAGGUACAGGAGCGCAUUCUUGACUUUCUCGUCAAAUGCUGUCGCCUUAUCCUGCACGAUAAAAACCUCGACCAAUUGGACCUUGUUGAGACCAAGCCUUCUCCACCUCAGAUCAACCCUACCUUGCCCGUCCACACCGUCACUGCCAUGGCUCAGCUUGCGCCAUACCGCCUGCCACAGAAGCUUGACAUGAGACGACUCAGAGUACUUAUUUCGGCAAGACGCGAGGAGGCUGAAGAGCACGUUUGGGCUUUGCGUGAAGACCCAGCCUACUUUGCGCAGACUAUGAGAGAAUGGUCGGAACACUCACCUUUCAUGAUUCCCGACAAGAUCAAGAGACCACACAGCAUGGUUGGUGAGCCUGUAUUCUGGGACAAGGUGGCAACAAACAUGAUUUUUCACGCUUACAGCAGCCUGGUUCUAUUCGCUACCGCCGACGAGGCUGUUAUUCUCGCCCAGGAAAGGCUCGACAGCUGUCGUCACAGGCUUGAGCUAUCUUCUAGUCUACCACCCGAGGUUGAGAAGAUCUUCCAGAGGCUAGAUCAUAUCGUUCAGAUCGUGGCCGAUGAGCCUCUAGGCGAGCUAAUGCUUGGGUUCCCUGCAUCGCCACCCAUGCGUUAUGGUUACGAGAGGGCGGCUGCCGAUUCUAGCCCCUCAUUCAACAGCUUGAAAGUCAAGAUGGGCAGACUGAGUGCAGCAUGGAGGGUUCAGGUCCUCUUCAGAACCUUGCUGAGCCCUGAGCAGCAAAAGAAGCAUGGCUUGAACAACACGGUCGAAGAAAUUCAGAGAAUGCUGGACGAGCACAGCAAGGACAGUGAUCUCAUCUCCAGCUGGGUGGCCAGCAGAUUCUCGGACCUGGCACUCAUGUCGGAGUUUAGACGGCAGCUUGGUCUCUUCCAGCCAUGGUGUACCGCUUGGAGAAGCAAGUCUUUUAUCGAGGACGAUGCUCCCUAUUUCUUCAGCAUGGUCGAAUGUGUACACGACUUCACCUCAUGUGCUGUGCUUGAUGCAGCUGACCCUGCAUUCUUUGCGUAUCCGUCUGACAAACGCAAGACGCGUGAGACUGUCGUUCAGAUGCGACUCGCCGAGAAGCGCUUGGACAAGUUCUGGGCUACGGUGGACAAUCACUGCGAGGCACACACAUCCUACUCGGUGCUCCACCUCCUCAUGGACUUCUUCACCGACUGGAACAGAAAGAUUCACAGGACGAAGCCUUGGAAGGAGCCGAAGGAGAAUGGUUACAGACCCAGCCAGCAAGCAGAGGAUGGCAAGGAUGAGGAGAUUGGACUGCCUCUGCAUGUGUUCGAUCCCAAUGCACGCUGUUCUCACCCCAAGAAGAGUGAGCUGCUAGGAGGCAUUACUCCACAGAAAGCCAAAGCCAAGACUAGACCUGAUGGUCCUACACCAUCUCCUGGACAGGAGGCACGCAGAGAUUCAGCCACAAGCACGGAAGAAAAGGAGGAUGUUGAGGUGAAGAAGAUCAAGGUCAACAAACGUGCUUUCAAGGUCUUUGCUACAAUGUUCCAUGUACCUUCCGCCAGCGAGCAGCAGAACACUGGAGAGGUUGCCUGGUCCGAGUUCUUGUACUCAAUGAAGAUGAUUGGCUUCUCUGUCGAGAAGCUGUAUGGAUCCAGUUGGCAAUUCACACCUGAUACGAUCGAUCUGCAGAGAAGCAUCCAAUUCCAUGAACCACACCCUCGCGCGAAGAUGUGGUUCUGGCUUUCGAAGGAGUAUGGUCGCAGGUUGAACAGAGCCUAUGGUUGGACCGGCGAGACGUUUGACCUGCAGUAG